AUGUCCUGUCGUAUAUGUCAUAAACGUCACCACUCUUUAGUGCACCAAAACAUGGUGACGUCAUCAAAUCAACCAGACAAUGACCAAGCGCAUGAAGCGAAGAAUAAUGAUCAAGGAAGCUCUGCAAAUCCAACAAUAUCAAAUGUUCAGUUAUCAUCACAUUUUGCUACUAGUACCACCACAGCUUUAUUGGCUACAGCACUCAUAGUUGUCAGGGAUCAACUGGGACAUACAGCUGUACUACGUGCCUUAAUAGACCAUGGCUCACAAGCCACAUUUAUAAGUGAAAGAGCUGCUCAGACACUUAAACUGAAACGCACUGCUAUUAAAGGUACAGUUACAGGCAUGGGAUGCAGCAAAACAAUUUUGAAGCAAGCUGCUGAAAUACAACUUUUAUCAAGAUACGAAGCAAACUUUAACCUCAAUAUCAAAGUUUACAUAAUGCCAACUCGUCUUACAUGUCAGUUACCAACUCGAACCAUUUGCCUGAAGAACUGUUCACACCUCCAAGGCCUCGUUUUAGCAGAUCCAGGCUUCAAUCAACCAGGACGUAUAGAUAUGUUAUUAGGUGUGGACGUAUGUGCCCAAAUUAUGAAAGGUGAAGUAAUCAAAGGUCCUCCAGGCACUCCAUGUGCUCAAAAUACCAGCCUGGGAUGGAUUCUGUUUGGCCACAUACAAAGCAACAGAGAAAAUUAUGAGGUCAGUGUCAUGCAUCUUAAUUUGAAUUUAGAUGACAUGCUGAGGAAUAUGUGGGAGCAAGGUACAGAUGAAAAAAGAGCAUUAACAGCAGAAGAAAAAACAUGUGAAGAAAUAUAUCAAGCUACAACGCACAGAACAUCAGAAGGACGUUAUAUUGUAAAACUUCCAACAAAACAAAAAACACUUUUAUCACCAUCAGGAAGAACAAGAGAUAUAGCACUAAGAAAUUUGUAUCAAUUAGAAAAGAAAUUCGAAAAAGAUCAAAGCUUAGAAAGUGAAUACACAAGGGUGAUGCAAGAAUAUAUAGAGUUAAAUCAUUUAGAGAGAGUACCAGAAAAUGAAAUUAACAACCCAGCAGUCUACCUUCCUCAUCAUGCCGUUGUAAGGCAAGAUAAAGAAACAAGUAAAGUGAGAACAGUUUUUAAUGCUUCGCAAAAGGGAAACAAUAACAUUUCCCUCAAUGAAGAGCUACUGGUAGGACCACAGUUACAAGACGACAUGAGAAGCUUAAUCAUGAGAUGGCGAAUGAAAAGGAUCUGUUUUGUUGCUGACAUCCAAAAAAUGUACCGUCAAAUUUUAGUCUCAAAAGAAGAUAGAGAUUUACAAAGGAUAUUAUGGAGAAAUUGCAAAAUCCAACCAGUACAAGAUUAUCGUCUCCUGAGAGUUACGUUUGGAACUGCUUCUGCUCCAUAUUUAGCAGUAAGAACCUUGCAUCAAGUUGCGGAAGACGAAGGUCGAGAUUACUCUGAUGCUGCCAGAAUUAUAAAGGAAGACUUUUACAUGGAUGAUCUGAUGUCAGGCAAAGACACACUUCAAGAUGCAAUCAAAGUAGCGAAAGAGAUUGGGUUUAUUUUGCAGAAGGGAGGUUUCACUCUUCAGAAGUGGUGCUCAAACAACGCAGAGUUCUUAAAACAAUUUGAACCCUCUGAAAGAAGUUCUCAAGUACACCUAGAUAUAAAGAUAGAUGGAACAAUACGGGCACUAGGCUUACAAUGGGACAUGGGAAAAGAUGUAUUUAAAUAUAGUCUUCACUUACCUUCUAUGGCUGCUACUGUAACUAAGAGAACAAUCCUAGCCGACAUUCAAAGAUUAUUUGAUCCACUUGGCUGGUUAGCACCUUCUAUAUUGCCUGCAAAAUUACUCAUACAACAUUUAUGGAUACAAGGAAUUUCAUGGGAUGAAGAAGUUAACCACUUAAUUGCAGAAAAAUGGAGAAAACUGCGAGAAAGCUACCAAUACUUACCUGAGGUAGAGAUCAACCGGUGGCUGCAUACAUCUGAAAAUGUAAUGAAUAAUGUUACAGUUCAUGGUUUUUGUGACGCAUCUACUCAAGCAUACGCUGCAGUUGCUUACUUAAGAGUUCAACUAUAG